AUGGCACAGCGUCUCGAACAGAUCGUUUGGGUUGACGAGGAGGAUGAAGCCUCUCCAGAUCUCCAAGAGGAAUACAUCGCACUCGGCCUAUACAAUCGCGACAGCUUCCUUCGUAGAUAUGAGCUGGUCCGCUUCAGAAGUCUGCUCAGAGCCACCUUGCGCACUUCCCAUCUCGCUCUUCGACCUGUUCUCGCCGGUAAUCUCCGUCACCUCAUCGAGGGCACCGACAGCGGAGAGUUUGCGUAUUGGGUCGACUUUGACAAAAGGGUCAUGAUCAUGACCGGCUGUGGGGAGGGACGAUGGACGUUUGACCAGCUCAAGCAGGGUUACUGGGCUGCCCAAGUUGAGACCUACGAAGAGAAGGUCAAGAUUCGUCGGGAGCGCUCAAGCGGUGCAGGAAGGGAUGGCGCCAGUCAAGCGACCAAAGGCGAUUGCCCAACCCACGAAAGAUGGAGGACGCACCCGUCGGGUAUUAUGAAGAGGAGAGUGACGAGUGACCUGUUGAAGGAGGGGAACACGGGGGACAGACUGGGGACAGACCGAGAUAUGCAUGAGGUCGCGAUGGGGCAUAGAGUUGCGCUGGGGUUGGAGCGAUGCCAGGUGGUGAACGCUACAUGCUGCAUGCUGCAUGCUGCUGCUCCAAGAAAUAUCACUACUGUAACUCAAGGUGGACCCUCUAGGCAGGUGACGCUUGCCUGCCUUGUCGCCGCAGACGCAUUCGCCGAAAGGCCCGCAUGCGCGACUUGCUCUCGACUCAAGAAACAUUGCAAAUACGAUCCAGUAGUCGAGCAGAACACGGUUGCCGGCUUGCAAGCCAAGAUAGGUGGGAUCCACGCUCAUUUCUGCUCGUAUGUCAGAGCUUAUAUCUCCACAGCUCAACUCGAACAGCAACUCUCUGCCUCUCUGAGGACUACUCCGGCAAAUCAGGAUGAUCUCCUCCCUCCCCUCCCCCAAACAACACCCAACUCCGCUGCUGACGCCGCUCUUUUCGCCACCUUUACCACAGGCUUGUCCGAUUUCAGCCCUGGUCCCACGUCCGCCGGUCCGUCUAGCAUCCCUACCAUCACUCCUCAACUGCGCCAACCACCCAUGCAUUCGUCUGAAACCUUAACACUAUCACCAGCGUUCGGCAGUACGCAACAACUGACACAUAUGAGGCCCAGUGCCGCCCCGGCUCCUCUUCUCGAUUUCGAUUUCGGGCUUCUUGAUCGAGAGAUGGUGGAUCUUACCGGGGCGUUUAGCCACUCUGGCAGUGAAUGGAUGAGUAGUGGUCAUGGCCACGUCCACGACCGCAACGACCAGUUCCCCCCCUUCGUAUCCUCAGCCUUCGUGAAUGGCGACGUCAUGGGAGGAUGGUUUGACCCUACGGAUGUUCCGCAUCAUGUCAGAGACCACCUGCUUGACCUUUACUUUAGCCGGAAUGGUUUAUUUCAAGUACCCAUCGAUGGGGCUACGUUCUUCACUCGACUGACCUGGCCGCCAGCGAGACGUCCUCACCCUGCUCUCAUGUACGCCAUGUUCCUUGUGGGCGCCGGUAGCUCCACUCAGCCUUCCCUUCGGCGACUAGAGUCGACCUUCCUCGAGAUAGCAGAACAGCAGAUCAAGUCGGGAGUGAGGACCCAUGAUCGUAUCAUCGACGUCAUCCGGGGGAUGGUCAUUGUUGUCAACUUUUACUACAUCAAAGAGGAGUACAACCUAGGGUACAGCAUGGUGGGUCAAGCAGCUAGACUUGCCAUUGCGGCCGGCCUUCACCGGAUUCCAUCCUCCGUCUGGCAGCCCAAACCAAAAGUCAACCUCAUCGCAUCGUACACCCUGCGAGAAGGCCUAUACGCUGUCAGUCCCGCCGAUGAUAUCAUGACUCAUGCCUCGCGUAUCCUGACUUUCUGGAUCGUGUACGUUUUGGACGCCUGCUCUGCAAUCGCAUAUCAAUACGACCCUGUCUUCAACAUUAAUGAUGUCACGACCCCUCUACCACGGCCCUAUGACCAUUACACAUUGGGCUUGGUCUCGAUUCAAGACGAUGUUCCCAUCAGCUCCAUACUGGCCGACCCACCUACGCCUGGCAGGCCUGAUGACAACUACCACUUGAUCCGACUCAAAGCCAUGACCUUUCAACUGGAGGCUGCAAGAUUACGGCGCGUCAAACCUGAAGUUUUCAAUGAAGCUAUCAUGAGUCAAGCGAGGGGAUUGGAGAGCCGGGCGACUCAUAUGACUCACCCGGAGUCCCAUGGGCGGUUACGACAUUGCCUCGAAGUAUUUUGUGAUCAUCUCCCUCCAGCUUUUCGGUGCCCUUGGUCCCAAUGGGAUGAAGGCUCUGAGACCGCACUCCCUCGCAUGGCCAUGUCACGCCAAGCAGCCAUCAUAUCUGUGCUGAUCGGAGACGCGUACCUUCAGUUGUGGAAUGUGAAAUUACUUGAUGCUGAAAACACUCGAGCUCUCUUCGUAGCCCGCAGGCUUGUUAGUGUCAUAUGUUUGUUCACGGGUGAAAGCUUGACUUCGGGCUUUGAUCUCUUCAUCAUCACAAUAUGGAACGAAGUGGCGAUGAUUUUACUACGUGAAGUGAAGAGACUGCAGACGCUGGGAGAUCAUGCUGGCGCGGAGGUCAUCGACGCUGAUUUGGACGUUGUCAUUGACGGUCUCAAACGAUGGGCUGGUCACGCCAUUUCCAAAGAUCACGAAUCGGUCGACAUUGCAGCUGUCAACACGAAGAUGUUGGAUCGCCUGCGCCAAAUACCCCUGGACGAAUGGCGGCAGGCCUUCGAUGACGAGAUCACAGGUGGGGUACGACAGUAG